AAUUUAUUUCAGUUUGAUCGCGUCAUUCGCGAUUAGUUGUCUGCAUUUAUCGAUAUGAAGGGGAUUUACUUAUUUCUUCUCUUCGUCUCUAUUAGCGGUGCAUUUGCGCACAAGAAAGACGGAGAUGAGAGAGUCGAAGUGGAGUUAUCACUGGGGAAGAUCAAAGGUUCAAUCAUCACCUCAAGAUUGAAGAGGAAAAUAUAUUCGUUCCGGGGGGUUCGAUUUGCCGAGCCGCCGACGGGGGAAUUGCGAUUUAAACCUACGGUGCCGGUGAGACCUUGGAAUGGCACGUUCGAUGCAUCCGAAGAAGGUCCAGGAUGCCCUCAACCAGGGCUCGACCUCCAGUCCGAGGAUUGUUUACGCCUGAACGUCUACACGACGAAGUUUCCGUCCAAAAAUGAAGAUGUGAAGAGACCGGUUAUUGUCUUCUUCCACCCUGGAGGCUUCUACAGUUGGUCUGGACAGACUUACUACGCAGGUCCUCACUACAUCAUGGAUCAGGACAUAGUCCUAGUGACGGUCAGCUACCGAUUAGGAUCCUUAGGAUUCUUGAGCACUGGAGAUGCACUGGCACCCGGUAACAACGGGCUGAAGGAUCAAGUGGAAGCACUCCGCUGGGUCAAAAAACACAUCUCAAAAUUCGGAGGUGAUCCGAACUCCGUUACGAUAUCCGGAUGCAGUGCGGGUUCCUGGAGCAAUUCAGUUCAUCUCGUCUCGCCGAUGAGCAGAGGUUUGUUCCACCGUGUCAUCGGUGUCAGUGGUGCUGCGACAUACCAAAAUCCGUUGCCACACCACCAGAAGGAUCUCGCGAAGAGGCAGGCUGAGGUCCUUGGAUGCCCCAGUGACACGACCGAGAGAAUUCUAAAUUGCCUGAAGACUAAAACAGCUGAAGAAUUCGGCAAUUCACUUCCUAAGCUCGCUGAGUGGUACGGGGAUCCAGUUUUGCAGUGGCGUCCAGUCAUCGAGCCAGAGGUACCUGGGGUGGAGAGAUUCCUUUCAGCUCAACCAUCGGAUCUGAUCAGACAGGGAAAACUGUGUCAUGUACCCCUGAUGACUGGAAUUACUAAAGACGAAUUUGGCGGAGUCCUUACUAUUCCGAUAACACAGCAGAAAGUGAACGGCAGCACUGCGAUAUUCGAUGACAUCAAUGCCAAUUACACAAGAAUCUUUCCAAUAAGUUUCUUCUAUGAACGAGGAACGGACAGGUCUCUGGCUAUCACCAAGAGUCUCAGGAAGUUCUACCUCGAGGACAAACCUGUUGGGGUUGACAACUGGCAAGGAUUGGCCGAUCUGUACGCAGAUGCUCUAGUCGGAUUCGCUAAUCAUCGUUUCGUGAAUCUCAUGGGUGCACACUCAAGGGCGCCAGUUUGGUACUGGAAAUUCACGUAUCAGGGAAGAUUCACCACAGCAAGAUGGCCGGACGGCAAGCCAUUCGGAGUUGUGCAUCAAGACGAUUUGAUGUACCUCUUCUACCAGAGCAAGGUCUUCCCGUACUUCGAGGCGGAUGCCCCGGAGAAUCAGAUGGUCGACAAGAUGACUGCCAUAUGGGCGAACUUCGCGAAAACCGGAGAGCCGAUACCCAAGGACAAUCCUCUCUUCAAAAACAUCACCUGGACCAAAUUUACGACUGACAAUCAAGCGUACUUGGACAUUGGUGAUUCCUUCGAGGUGAAGAAUGGACUUUAUAUCGAUCGAAUGAACGAGUGGGAAAAACUUUUUCCCCUGCGACCAUUACCUUGAUCACUUAAUAUGAAUACUUUAAUCCUCUUGUUGUAAUUAACGCAGCUCUUGGAUUUUUCCGUCGAUAUCUUGAUGAGAUUAAAUAAUAAAGGGAAAAUUGCAACGCAA